AUGGGUCGCAAAAAAGCUUGUGCUUAUGCGUUUAGACCGCGAUCACCGAUAGGAUUGCGGAGGCGCGGUCGGCUAUGGGGUCUUGUUGGAGUUAUUCUUUGUAUACUCUUCUUUUAUGAGUAUUUUGUACCUGGAUAUCACAACGACGUUCUUCGAACCGGCACUGGCGAGAUCCGUGGUCCAGAAGGAUCUACCAGAAGGCCAGGAUCAGAGGCGUCUAUACCAACGAUAUGCCCAAGAUCAGUAACCGCAGAAGAUGUUCUGGAAGUCGUUCGGACAGGUGCAACAGAGGCUCUUGCAAAGCUAUCCAUUCACUUCGAAACGACACUGCGUUGUGUUACAAACUAUGUCAUCUACUCUAACUUCGAGGAGGUGAUUGACGGUCACCAAGUCCGUGGCAGAGCCGACCUGAAGAACACUACGCACCUUGGAAGUGGCCCUUCAGGAUCCCCAGAGAACCCCUAUUGGAAGCUGGACCGAUUCAAGUUUCUCCCCAUGGUGGACACGGCUCACAAAUAUCGACCGACUGCAAAGUGGUUCUUGUUUAUGGAAACCGAUACAUAUCUUGUUUGGCAAAACCUACUCAAUCACCUGAGCCUUUUCGAUGCAGGCAAGCCUUUUACAUCGGCAAACCCAUGCUUAUUGGUCUUUGAACAGAGUCUUCAACAGAGUAGAAGGACUGGACUACUUCACCGAGACGUGUUCCAAGAAUACAUCGUCCCACAAUUCACCACAAGAGAAUACGGCUGGGAUAAUCUUUCCAUGGGUGUUGAAUCCAGCGACAAAGGAGCAUUCGAGGAGUGCAAACUAGUAUACGAGGCCAAAGCCAAUUGCCUCCAGUUCUCCUACGCCGCUGGCAAGUGCUCGACUUCCGCAGACUUCAAGCUCGGAGAAAGUGCAAAAGUACGCUGUAUGGAGUACUCGGGUGCGGCUGGAAGAUGCAUCCGGUGGCAAGAGGACACGCAGUUUUCCGGCUUAAUACAAUCUGGUCGGAUGCUGGAAAGGCUAUCAAAACUGCAUAAGGGAACCUGCAUAUACACCCGAAUCAUGUAG